GGUUUCUCCCCCGCCUCGCCCCCCCCUUUCUCCUUCUGCGGGGGCUCCGUAUCCUUGGGGGUCCCCUUGUCCCCGCGGGUGCGUGGCAUGUGGUCGGGGCCGGGUGGGCAGCAGGGAGCGGGACCCCGGGAUGGCCGAGCCAGAGAAAGAAGCCGGGAAAUCCUCUUACACGGCCCCCUCCUUGACCCCCCCACGCGCCUUCCACCCCCCCGCGUGGGUUCCUGGGCCCGGCAGGGCAAAGCCAAUUAGGGGUGAUUAACGGCAGGAAACAGCCACGACCACCACCGGCCCGGGGCAGGGCCACAUGGCCACCGCGCCACGGCCACCAGAGGGGUCCCCACACAUCUCCCGGGGGUCACCCACCGAGGACCUUGCGAGGGGAGUCCAGUGGUGACACCUCAAGGCCACUGCACUGUCCCCAGACCAACCCACAUUCCCAGUGGUGACACCCCAAGGUCACGCCACCCCUGUCCCCUCACUUGGAGCCUCCCCCUAAGCUCUCCCCACCCCUGAGGUAGGUCCUACAUUAUUUACCACCCUGUGCCACCUGCCACUGUCACCCUGUGCCACCCACUGGCGCUGUCCACGGGGACCGUACCUCAGGGUGACCCUGUCCCACAGGUAACCUUGCCCACGGGGAAUGUACCCCAUGGGUGACUGUCCAGAGGGACCCUGUCCCAAGGGUGAUCCUGUCCAUGGGUGACCCUGUCCAUGGGAGGACCCUGCCCACGGGUGAUCCUGUCUAUGGGGUGAUCCUGUCUAUGGGGUGAUCCUGUCCAUGGAGUGUCCCUGUCCAUGGGGUGACCCUGUCCCACGGGUGCCCCUGUGCCACGGGUGACCCUGUCUAUGGGGCGAUCCUGUCCAUGGGGUGCCCCUGUCCCGUGGGUGACCAAACCAGAGGUGUCCCUGCCCAGGGAGUGCCCCUCCCUGCCCGGCUGAUCCGCAGGGUCCCGGUGCCCCCCGUCCACCCCUGUCCCGGUGCGCACGCGCGGGGCGGCUCCGGUCACUUCCUGCCCCGCCCCCGCCGCCGCCGCCGACCCCGGCACCGGCACCGGGCACCGACCCGGGAACCCCCGGGAACCCUCCGGGCACCGACCCACUGGUGCCACUUCCUUGGUGGCCCUGCCCCUUGUUUUAGGGUGUCCCCGUGUGCCUGAACGUGACUCCAGGGACUCCUCCCCAGCCAUGUCGUUCCGGAAGGUAGUGCGGCAGAGCAAAUUCCGGCACGUGUUCGGGCAACCAGUGAAGACGGAGCAGUGCUACGAUGACAUCCGUGUGUCCCGUGUCACCUGGGACAGCACCUUCUGCGCCGUCAACCCUUCCUUCGUCGCCAUCAUUGUGGAGGCCAGUGGCGGCGGCGCCUUUCUCGUCCUCCCCUUGCACAAGACCGGCCGCAUCGACAAGUCGUACCCCACCGUGUGCGGCCACACGGGCCCUGUCCUCGACAUCGACUGGUGUCCCCACAAUGACCACGUCAUUGCCAGCGGCUCUGAGGACUGCACUGUCAUGGUGUGGCAGAUCCCGGAGAACGGGCUGAGCCAGCCGCUGACGGAGCCGGUGGUGGUCCUGGAGGGCCACUCCAAGCGUGUCGGCAUCGUCACCUGGCACCCCACUGCCCGCAACGUGCUGCUCAGCGCAGGCUGUGACAACGUGGUGCUGAUCUGGAACGUGGGCACGGCGGAGGAGCUUUACCGGCUGGAGGGGCUGCACCCCGACCUCAUCUACAGCGUCAGCUGGAGCCGCGAUGGCUCCCGCUUCUGCACCGCCUGCAAGGACAAGAACGUCCGUGUCAUCGACCCCCGCCGUGGCACAGUGGUGGCUGAGAAGGAGCGGGCGCACGAGGGGGCGCGUCCCAUGCGCGCCAUCUUCCUGGCCGACGGCAAGAUCUUCACCACUGGCUUCAGCCGCAUGAGCGAACGGCAACUGGCGCUGUGGGACAUGGAGAACCUGGAGGAGCCCAUGGGGCUGCAGGAGCUGGACUCCAGCAACGGGGCUCUGCUGCCCUUCUACGACCCCGACACCAGUGUGGUCUAUGUGUGCGGCAAGGGAGAUUCGAGCAUCCGGUACUUCGAGAUCACAGAGGAGCCUCCCUACAUCCACUUCCUCAACACCUUCACCAGCAAGGAGCCCCAGCGGGGAAUGGGCUGGAUGCCCAAACGUGGGCUGGAUGUCAGCAAGUGUGAGAUCGCCAGGUUCUACAAGCUGCACGAGCGCAAGUGUGAGCCCAUCAUCAUGACGGUGCCAAGGAAGUCGGACCUGUUCCAGGAUGACCUGUACCCAGACACGGCAGGCCCGGAGGCAGCCAUGGAGGCGGAGGAGUGGGUGGCGGGGCGCACGGCAGGGCCAGUGCUGGUGUCCCUGCGCCAGGCCUACGUGCCCCCCAAGCAGCGCGACCUCAAGGUGAGCCGGCGGGGGCUGCUGCAUGACGGCCGUGCCCCCCCUACCACCGUCGCCACUGGGGCCACCACAGUGCCCCCCACGCCCCCGGCGGCCCCGCACCCCCGGCUCAGCACCCCGGCCCUGGGAACACUGGGAACCAGCACCACCACGGGGGGCCGGCUGGAGGAGGUGCUGCAGGAGGUGGCGGCACUGCGGGCGCUGGUGGCUGAGCAGGGCCAGCGCAUCGACCGCCUCGAGGAGCAGCUCAGCCGCCUCGAGAAUGGCCACGUCUAGGGACCCCCUCAAGGACAACUGCCCCAGGGACCAUGCCUGCGCCCCAGGGAACCCCUCCCCUGCACCCUUCCACCCCUGGGGUGCCCCCUCUGCCCCGCUCUGGGUCCUUCUCCCCUUGGGGGGCUCCCCCCCUCAUUGCCUUACUG